UGGGACGCUAAACGACGGGCGGCGGGCGCUUUCACCGCCGAAGGGCGUAGGCUCAGCUGCUCGUCCUGUUUUUCUGCCAUUUAUUUUUUCAUUCCUUCCCCUCACAACUGCUGUGUCUUUUACUUAAUGAGCGCCGCUGCUCAGUUUUAAUUAUUUGUAAGUAGAGUGGCAGGCGCCUUUAGAAAUAAAACAGAAAUAAACCGGCGACGCGAGCCCGGCGUGAGAAUCUGGCCUCGGGGGUUCGAUGCGCGGCGCUUCUCGUUAUGGGAUCGUCCGCCUCUGCAUUCCUGAGCAGCCGGCCCUCCACUCUUUCACUUUUGGUUUUCGAUUCUCUUCUUUGAAUUUGGAUCUCCGUUCACGAUGGCGGCACUUCAGCUUUCUCUGUCCGUCGAUCGGUACUCCUGCUCGGUGUGUCUGGACAUCCUGAAGCAGCCGGUCACCAUCCCAUGUGGUCACAACUACUGCAUGAAGUGUAUUACAGACUGCUGGGACCAGGCGGAUAAAGACGGGCUGUACAGGUGUCCCCAGUGCAGGCAGGUGUUUGUUUCCAGGCCUCUGAUUAUGAGAAAUGAGAUGUUGAAAGAUAUCAUUGACAACCUUGAAGACGUGAAAGGUGGUGUCACUCCAUCUCAGACUCAGGCUGGACAUCCAGAUGUGCCCUGUAGUAUCUGCCCAGAUACAAAACAGAGAGCCGUGAAGACCUGCCUGACCUGCAUGAUCUCCUACUGCGAGACUCACCUGCAGCCCCACCGGCAGUCUGAGGCCUAUAAAAACCACAAGCUGGAGGAGCCGACUGGAGACCUCCAGGAGAAACUCUGUGCAAAGCACCAGGAAGUUCUGAAAAUUUUCUGUAGGACCGACCAGAGCUGCGUCUGCUUACUGUGUGUGGUGACCGAGCACAAGAGUCACGACACGGUGACACCGGAGGAGGAGAGAGCUGAGAGGCAGGGCCAACUGGAAAAAACAAAAGCUGAAAUGAAACAGAGAAUCGAGAAGAAGGAGAAGAAAGUGAAGGCGAUGAAGCAGACGGUCGAGAAGAUUCAGAGCAGCACAGUGCGAGAACUGCAGGAACACGAGGAGAUCUUCAAGGCUGCACUUCAAUCCAUCGAGAGGCUGAGGUCAGACAUCAUUAACGUCAUCAAACAUUAUGAGCAGAGGGAGGUGAGAAAAACCAAAAAGCUCAUCGAAAAACUGGAGAAGGAGAUCAGCGAGCUGAAGAUGAGAGACGCUGAGUUCGCCCAACUUUCACUGACUAACGACCACAUCCACUUCUUAAGGAAGUUCCCGUCCAUCAGCGUUCUUCCUGAAGAAACAGAGACACCCGACAUCGGUGUGAAUGAAGAUGUUGUGCCUGUGACUCUGAGGACGAGUCUGUCUGCCCUGAAGAGGAGCCUGGAAGGGAUCGGCAGCUGGAAGUUUGUGAAGACCGGGGCUGACGAUUCAGAGCACGUCCUGCAGAAUUCCUUCUUACAGGUUCGUCCCCAACUGUCAAAAAUUGAGAACGUCUCUCAGAACCUCAGCAAAGAUGUGAAGCUGCAGAUCAGAGCAGAGGAGUUCUACCCGCAGGACAUCAACUUCACAUGGACAGUGGGAGGACAGAGUGUGGCCUCGGAGUUACUGGACGUCACCAAAAACAUCAAUGAGACCUUCAGCACUCGGAGCGUCUGCACUGUGCCCCUCGCUAAGGUCAGGGAGCCAGGCUUCAAGGCCUCAGUGGUCAUCAAACAUGAAUCCGUGGGAAAGCUGGAGAAGACGGUCACCAAUGGCAGCCUAGAUAUCGGUGAGCGCCCCAAUUUGUCAGACAUUAAAAUGCUCAAGUUUUCAAAGGUGGGUGAGCCCUGCACCCUGAGCUGCACCAUCUCUGACUUCUUCCCCAGUGAUCUCACAGUCACCUGGCUGAGGGUCAGAGCACAGGGUGGACAUCGGCCUGUAACUGCGGGGUCAGCUGAGUGGAGAGCCACAGUGACGACACCCACACCUGAGAUGAAGAACUGCAACUUUGAGGUGACCUCGGAGGUCCAGUUCACUCCUGAAAGUGUCAGUGAGUUGGAGGAGAUGACGUACAUCUGCAGGGUGGAACAUGUGGCCAUCGAGGAGAAAACAACCGAGACAAAGUCCGGCAGACUGGAGCUAACAGCUAAGCGUCGUCCGCAGCUCUCCGAUGUGCAGGCUCACUUCACUCGCUUUGGUGAGCCCUGCACUCUGACCUGCGUCGUGUCAGACUUUUACCCCAAAGAGAUUGUGGUGACCUGGAUGAGGAGACAGAAGGGGACACAGAGGAAAGUUCUGGCAGGCUCAGGAGACUGGAAGACCACCGUGAGUCAAUACGGGCCAUGGUUAAAAGACAACACAUACACGGUGGUGUCUCAGGCCACAUUCACACCUCACACCCUCAACGACUUGGAGGACAUGGAGUUCAUCUGCCGAGUGGAACACGAGGGUCUCGAGGGGUCAGCCAUUGGGAGGAGCUGCUCAGUGAUUCCUGGUCUGCAGAGUCGGCCCGUCAUGUUGGACAUCCGGGUCACCGAAUUUAAAGAUUUUGGUCAACCCUGCACUCUUAGCUGCUCCAUCCAGGACUUCUACCCCAAAGACAUCAAGGUGACCUGGGAGCGGGAAGGGGACAAAGGACCAGACAUCAAGACUUUACCUUGCGUCCCCAAGAGAGGAGAGUGCAGCUACCACCUGGAAUCUCUGGUCACCUUCAUCCCUCAGACUCUAAGUGACCUGGAGGAGGUGCAGUACGUCUGUAAGGUUCAACACGAGACUCUGCAUGACAAGGUCAUUGGAAAGUCCAGCGGGAAGCUGGUCAAGCCAGGCCUGACUGGAGCCAAAGAAGAGGGAAACAAAGCAAACCCCUCAGGUAAAAGCGCCUGGCCUACACACUACUACCCACAAGGGUGGAAGCGCUAAGUAGUCCCAAGAACGCCAAGUGGUCCAAAACUGAACUCUGCUGACCAGUAUGUGGCAGGUGGGACUGAAGGCACACGGGAUACUAAAGAGCCAGCCAGCCUGCCUGCAGUUCCUCUUCUCUCCACUGGGGGUCACUCAUCGAUAGAUGGCUGACCUGUCCUGCUCUCCAACCUGCUGUAAUGAUCUGUGGCUCCACAGAUAUCGCUGGCCCAGUGUCUACCAGUGCGUCACCCUAAAUUAUGUUCAAGAUGGCUGGGGAGAGAAUCUUCAUCCUCAUCUCCUCCUUUUCAUCAUCUUUGUGAAAUUUCCUGCAUAACAAAGCCAAGAAGACUGAAGCCAACUGACCUCUGCAGAUGUGUCCAGCUUAUGUCCGGUGCCAUCACUUGUCAUUCAACCCGGAAAAUAAAACAACCAGCAGAACCCAUAAAACAAUGGCAGUGCUGUGGCCACUAAUGGGUGCCCCUCUACUUUUGUGGACCCCGCUGGCUUUACAUUGACCUGGGCGCCUCUUAGUGGAUUUACAAGAAUGGCCGAGGUUCUGGUGCUGUCCAUAGCGAGGCUGACCACCUGAGAUAAGGAGACAAACAACUGUGAAAGACAUUUCAGUCAGGAUGUCUGCACCGUCGGAGCAUUCUGGUCACUGGACAGUAACUGGACCCUCUGGACUGAGGAGAGGUUUGGUGUCAGCGGUGGGAUCUCAGCUUGCAGGCUGCUGGUGCCCACAACUGUUUUAUGGUGUCACCUAACUGUCAUUCUGCUUUGUUCUAAUGGCUGUUUGACUUUAUUUAUGAUCAGGGUGACAACUUAGAGGAGCUGAGGAGGCUUACUUGGCACUUUAUUGGCAUUGCUAAUAUUUCAUUAGUCUUUGUUUGAAGGUUUCUAUGACUGUCAAUGUUCUACUGAUGUCUCAGAUAAUGUGCCACUUAAAUAUUUUAAAAUGUUU